GAUGGUUCUUUCAGAAUUUAAAGCAUUACUGCUCUUAUACAAUCCCAACAUUCUCACUUAUUUUUACCUUCUACUACAAUUAAUAUCCUUCCCUUUAAACACUUCAGCGGCAAGAUAUAGGCGACAAUAUCCUCAAAAUAUCCAAAACCCCGAGGUUUAUUCAACCUUUACUUUUGACCAAAAUGCACAACAACCCCCUUCACCUACAACACAACAAAGACCACAAUUUACCGCUUAUAAUGAAACCUAUGCAAAAAGACUGCUUGCUCUAGCCGCUGGCGCUUAUUCAUAUACACCACCAAAUGGAUGUGAAAGGAGAUGGAUGCCUGAUACGCGUUUAUGGAGUUCUGUUAAUCAGACAUGUGAUGCUUUGGAAAGCACCUGCUCCUCCUACACCGUUGUAUCUGACCAGCGUUGUGAAUUAAUUAUCGUUUUUCGAGGGACAAAAACUAAAGAACAAUUAUUUUUGGAAGGAUGGCAAAGCUUGCAACCGGGCGUUGAUUUUGAUGGAAUUGGAAUGGUCAAUAAAUAUUUCCUCCGGGCAUUUAAUACGCUUUGGCCGAGUGUAAAGGAAGCUUUGGAGGAUCCGAGGCAUGCAGGCUACAAGGUAACCUUUACUGGCCAUUCACUUGGGGGCGCGCUCGCAUCACUUGCUUCAGCACGGACAGUUAAAUCGGAAAUUAGAAGGAGUGAUCAGGUUCAACUUUAUACAUUUGGUCAGCCACGUGUGGGUAAUGCUGAUUUUGCAUUUGCACAUGACGAACUUGUUCCAACGAGUUUUCGAGUUGUUCAUCGAAUGGAUAUUGUGCCACAUAUGCCAGCUUGUGAUAAAACUGACAAUUGGCCUGGUGUACGCCCCAAUGACGAUAGCAAGCCCUGCGAUCGUCAUGGAAAAGGGAAAGCUUACCAUCAUAAAACUGAAAUUUGGUAUCCUUAUGGAAUGAAGCCGGGCGAUCCCUUCUAUGAGUGCUUGGGUGAGCCAAAGAAUGAAGACUUUACUUGCAGUGAUUCACUUUCAUUUGAAGUGUCAAAAUACAAGACUUAUAUAAGUGAUCAUAGGCAUUAUUUUGAUCAUAAGGUCCCAAGAUUUGGAAAAUUGGGUUGUGAUCCAGCUAAAAAGGCAUUGGAGGAAGUUGAGAAACUUGAAACGAACGGCGUUGAAGCUACCAAGAAGUCUAGCGGAUUUUUUUCCAAUUUGAUUGGUAAAGUGAAAAGUUUGGGUAAACUUAUGAGAAUUUUGUGA